AUGACCGAAACCACUCGCACAACUGACACCACCACAAGUGGCACCACUGAGACAUCUGUCACUGAAACCACUGGCACAACUGAGACCCCCACAAGGGGCACCACUGAGACUACCAUCACCGAAACCACUGGCACAACUGACACCCCCACAAGUGGCACCACUGAGACAUCUGUCACUGAAACCACUGGCACAACUGAGACCCCCACAAGUGGCAACACUGAGACUACUAUCACCAAAACCACUGGCACAACUGACACCCCCACAAGUGGCACCACUGAGACUACCAUCACCGAAACCACUGGCCCAACUGACACCCCCACAAGUGGCACCACUGAGACUACCAUCACCCUAAUCACUGGCACAACUGACACCCCCACAAGUGGCACCACUGUGACUACCAUCACCAAAAUCACUGGCACAACUGACACCCCCACAAGUGGCACCACUGAGAAUACCAUCACCCUAAUAACUGGCACAACUGACACCCCCACAAGUGGCACCACUGUGACUACCAUCACCGAAACCACUGGCACAACUGACACCCCCACAAGUGGCACCACUGUGACUACCAUCACCAAAAUCACUGGCACAACUGACACCCCCAUAAGUGGCACCACUGAGACUACCAUCACCCUAAUCACUGGCACAACUGACACCCCCACAAGUGGCACCACUGUGACUACCAUCACCGAAACCACUGGCACAACUGACACCCCCACAAGUGGCACCACUGAGACUCCUGUCACCGAAACCACUGGCACAACUGACACCCCCACAAGUGGCACCACUGAGACUCCUGUCACCGAAACCACUGGCACAACUGACACCCCCACAAGUGGCACCACUGAGACUCCUGUCACUGAAACCACUAGCACAACUGAGACUCCCACAAGUGGAACCACUGAGACUACCAUUACUGAGACCACUGGCACAACUGACACCCCACACAGCACAGCGGUGACUACCACAACUGCCUCUACUGCCACUGAAACUACCAUUAAAUCAAGCACUGUGACAACAGCCGUUCAACAGACUUCAAAGAAAGAAUGUCAGAACAGCGGGAAAUUUGAUGGAAACAAAUGCGUGUGUCAAAAACUGUUCUUUGGGUCUCUUUGUGAGUUCAUCCAAGAUAGAGUUGAAAUGCGUAACGUUGUCAAUACCACAGCAAAAAUGAAUGUUACAAUAACCAACAAGAACUUGUCAGAAAUCAAACCUAUAAACAGUACUGAAUACGAAGCAUUUGAAGAUAAAUUUAAAGAGAAGAUAAAGGAAGCCUGUGGGCACAUUAAGGAAUACAAAGAUGUUAAAAUAACUCAAGUGAAGGCAGGUAGUAUCAUUGUGGACUAUGAUCUGAUUCUGGAAAUCACUUAUUGGGAAAAUAUCAACGUGGAGGCCCAGAAUGAAAACUUAACUCAAAACAUCAAUGAAGCAAUGAAAAAAAUAAAUAAUUACAAUUCUAACUGCUCCGAUAAAGAAAACAUGUGUUUCAGUGGUUCCACCAUGAUACAAAGGGCAAUUAUCCUGAGCAAAGAGGAAUUAUGCAGAAACGAAAUUUCCCCCGGCUUUAGUAAAUUCUACACUGCAAAAAUCAUUGAUGACAAAGUGGUCUGUUUGUCUGAUUGUGACCUUAAUUCUGACCGAUAUUAUGACUGCAACUUCGGAACCUGCCAAAUUCAAAAUGAGACCGGCCCACAUUGCCUUUGUCCAAACACAGAUACUUACUUAUACGCCUCAGAGAAGUGCGACGGGCAGAUGUUAAAAUCAGCUGUAUACGGCAGUGUUGGAGCAGCAAUUGCGGUGCUGGGCGUUAUCAUUGCGUCUGUGGGAUUUCUACUCUACAGAUCCAAAAAAAACAACAAAUUGAAACCAUUUGCCAAGGAUCAGGAGGAUAAAUGGUAUGAGGAGGAUAACGAUAAUGAGUGGAGUAGUCAGAGCGGAUUCAGCACCAUAAACCGGGGAGCGGCCAAUGGAGAGGCGGACAACACCAAUGGCAGCUAUCCCUCCUCUAAUAACGGAAGCUUCCGGGCUGCACUGCAAAAUGUGGACACGACAGUCCGGGUUAAGAUAAGGCGACCGAUAAUCACCAAUAUGUGAUCUACAGCUGAGAACAAAGAUAUGGAGGCUCCAGAGCACAGCAGCUCUAACAUAGACCCUUGGAGAAACUGUACAAGUGGUUACAGUGGAAUGACUGAACCCCAUCUGAAGCUGGUCUCCGUGGGUUUUUUUUGUACUCUAGUGCCUACUUCAUAAUGUUUGAUACAAAGUUCCUUUAGAAAGGCUGCAGAAAUUUAUAUAAUGUAUAGAUACAAAAAGAUAAUUUAUAAAAUGUUAUUGUUUUUGAUUUUAUGUUACUCAUUUGAUGAUGCUGAUGGUCCAUUAAAACAAACAAAAAUGGAAUAAUCGACAAACCAAUGAUUUGCCCAAGGGUGAUUGAAAUAAAAUAAUGCGCUUAUUACGAAUGUAAGGUGAGUGGAUUUAAAAGAUCAGGGACUGGGGUGGUCAGACCUUGAGAGAUGGACCAUUGGAGCUACAGAUAUAGCCAGAGUUAUCACAAAGUUAUAUUUAAUGUUAUCAGUGAUUGGUACCACCAGGCAGGACCAGGACUCCAGAGUCCACACUGGCAUUCCUGCUUUUACUCUACAUAUCAUAUAUAUGCACUGGGAUCCUUUGGAUGGGUUAAACUUCAUCCACCAAUGCCAGCAGAAAAUUAAGUAAGUAAAAACCCAAAAUAAUGAUCAACGAGUACGAGAAAUGACCUAGGUAGGUUCUACUAAUAGCUUUAGUUAUUGAUGCAACACUGAUCUCUGUUGAGAUGGAAUGACUCUUUUAGAGGAAGAUUCAUCCAAGGAGGUCCCAUAUGAAAUCAGGUCAGAAUGUCUCUAAGUUAGGGGGCCCCAACCUUUUUUUACCUGUGAGCCUCAUGAAAAUUUAAAAAGAGCUGGUUGAGCAGCACAGACCUGAAACUGGGUGCCAAAUGGGGGCUUAUUUGGUAGCCCCUAUGUAGACUGGCAGCCAACAAUAGA